AUGCAAGACCGAUGUUGGUGUGUGGUCGGAGCAGCAGACCAUGGUGAGCUGAAAGUCCAAACAGAUUCCAUUUAUGGUGCAGGUAUCGCCUUGCCACAAGUUGCACGUAGCUGCGACUGGCCGGGGACACUGACGGCGGAUGUGAUUCGAGUCUACUUCUUCUGCCUCGUAAACUUUGCCCUGCAGGCAUUUCUUCUCAGCAUGAUCGGUGAAGAGCAGCAUUUCUGGUACCCAUUCGCCGGCCAGAUGCAUUUGUGCGACUUUGGUGCAUCCAUCCAGGAUUGCCCUCACGGUGCUAACUGCGUGGGCCCUGGUGGAACAUCGCUCUCGUAUCCCAGGCUGUACGACUACGACAUUUGGAGUACAAGAACCUUUCUCAAGCAGAGCCUGCAUGCGCUCUUCCCAAAGUUGACGCUCAGCAUCGAUGGCUCGGUGGACCCUGGUGAGUAUGCAGUGGAAAACUUCAACUGUCGCUGCCUUUGCAUUUUCCUCUUCAUGCUCGCCGUCGUAGAUGAUCUUGAAGACACCAUCAGCUUGUGCAGGACCUUGGCGAUGACACCAACAAACUAUGACAGCUGGAUCACAUAUGACGUUCCGUCUUGGGCCCACAAGGAAGAUGUCAAGAAAUUUACAUCGUCGGAGGAAAGGGAUUUCGUUCGCUACGAAGUGGCAGGCAUGCCUCUGCAUUGGAAAGUGUUUAACGCCUGUUUCAUUCUCUUACCCAAGUCGCUCCUUUGGCUUGGACUAGUUCGUUCUGGCGUCCAUUAUCUGAUGGAGACUGCCGGCAUUGUGGACGUGAUAGUCAAUGCAAUGGCGUUGACCUUCGUGUUGCAGGUGGAUGAGAUUGUGUUCCAGAGGCUAUCCUCGACAGUGACUACACAGAUCAUGUCUGAGAUUGAGUUCAAAGCACUGUACGACAACGAUGAUGUCGAGAAUGAGUCUGACGGCGAAGCACUGUCAUAUUUUAAUGACACGGAGCUCAAAAAAGGUUGGGCGAGCAUUGCUUUCCAGAUCUUCCCGACCAGAUUGUUCAUCAUCGUAGUCUGCCAAGCUAUCUUCCUGUGGGACUACUAUGUCUCAAACUGCAAGAGGCUUGAUGAUGGCAGCUGGGUGUCCAAGGCCAUGUACCUGCCAGUGGACAUGGGCUACCAUCCACUGGAAUUGAUAUUUGGCCUGGAGGUCGAAGAAGACACCAAGCCAUUCUGGACAAUGCCUGGGUGA